AUGGCAGACCAACCGCCCGACCAACCUCACCAAGAAGAGCGACCCGAGCAACCCGAGCAGCCAGACAACGCCAUUUCUGACCAAAAAGACAGCGCAAUGCCUGAUGCUGCGCCUGCUCCCGCCGCCGAGCCUGAUGCCAUGUCCGACGCUGACAAAGUGAGCCCACCUGCUAGUCUCCCAUCAAAGAGACACGCUGACGACGACAUUUCUCAGAUCCGUGCAAAGCGCCUUGCAAAGCUAGGCGGUCCUGCGACUCCAAAUGGUCCCUCACGGCCGCCGUCAACAGCGCCCGAAGCCGCAUCAUCAAGCACUUCAUUGCCCAAGCCUACCGAAUCACAGGCACCACGACCGAAGCCUCAACCUGAGCCCACCUCAUCCUCAAACCCCUUCUCCCAACUAGGCGUCAAGACCGACGAGCCGCCCAAGAAGCGCAUCACCAUCAAACCCGCGGCGAGCAACAGCCCAGCGCCGCAGCCCGCUCAGAAGGCGCCGGAACUGAGUAGAGAAGCGUGGGAGGACCGGACGCUCAGCAACAUCUUCAGAAUAACCCUGGACGAGGCCCAUACGCAAGAUGCACAUGGUCACAAGCUGUACUUUGCAUCAGGUGCCAAGAGCGACCUUGAGGAUGAGGGCAGGCCAGUUCGCCUAAGCACAGAUCUGUUGGACUCUGUGAUAUUGGAGGCAGCGUCGAGCCAAACACAAGGCUCAGCAUUGGAGUAUCUGAUGAGCUGCUGGAAGCGUGUAUCCAAGGUGCUUAAGAAUCUCACAAACAAAACUGGACCACGAUUCGAUGUCGUCAAGGAGGCUCGGCGGUUGUGCUUCAGCUAUUGCAUUUUCGCUGCUACCAUGCCAGACAUGUUCGGCGAGGAAGCACCUGCAGAGAACGCAUUAGCCGAUCGCUUACUUCUCGGGCCUGACGACGAGCGCGGUAUCUGCUACGAAUUCCUCACUGAAGCGAGUCAACGGAUAGGCGAAGACGAUAUGAUUAGGGAGGCAUUGGUGGGUGCCAUGGAAGACGUCAGCAGGCGUCUCUCCACAGUCUCAAUGAACGGCGACUACAAACCUCACAUGCUAAUCUUGCGGGUAUUUGUUCGAUUUCCACCACUCGUAGCUGCUCUGGCACAGUCCGAGACGUUUCUACCUGCCAACAUCGAGGCCCAACACAUCGAGACACACAGCUUCUUGGGGCCCUUCUUUCGGUUGUCCCCUAUGCAGGCUGAAGUGGCUAUGAACUACUUCGCUGGCUCAUCCGCUGUUGACAAGGGACUCAUCGCAAACGCACAACGCGCCGUCCGCAUGACCCUCCAGACUCAUCAGGAAGAACUGCUCGACAUCACAAAUACUUUCAUCAAAAACAAGGAGUCUCGCGAGAAGAUGCUAGACUGGUUAGCGCUGACGGUCAACAAGAACCAUAUGAGGCGUGCGAUGCAAGUCGACAAGAAGAAAGUCUCGUCAGACGGCUUCAUGGUCAAUGUGACAGUCAUACUAGACCGUCUGUGUGAGCCCUUUAUGGACGCUACAUUCGCCAAGAUUGAUCGAAUCGAUAUCGACUACCUACGCCGAUCCCCUCGCGUCGACAUCCAAGACGAAACCAAGAUCAAUGCUGAUCAAAAGACGUCGGAUGAAUUCUAUAGCACCAAAGCCUCGGGUACCAACAACUUCAUUAGCGAGGUCUUCUUCCUGACGGUCGCUGCACAUCACUAUGGUCUGGAGGCUGCGAACACCAAGUUGAGUACCCUUCAAAAGGACGUGAAGUGGCUCGAAAAGGAGCUUGUGAAGCUCGAACCUGAGCGGUCAAAGUACAUGACCAGCCAGGCGCAGCUUGCUAUUUUCGAUAACCAUGUCAAGAAAAUGAAGGACCAGAUCGAGCGGGGUAAAUGCAGCAUCCUAGCAAUCCAGGGUGUCUUGCUUGACGAGACUAUGCAGGCUCGGUCUAUGCAACUGAUGCGAUAUGUCAUCGUAUGGCUAUUACGGAUUGCUUCGCCCGGAACCUCUUUCCCCAAGUCUGAGCUCCAGCUGCCUCUGCCCAAAGAGCAGCCAGUAGAGUUCAAGUGUCUGCCUGAAUAUUUCGUCGAAGAUAUUGUCGGAAACUUCAAGUUCAUCACUCGCUACAUGCCACACAUCAUCACAACCACUCAGUGCGAAGAAUUGGUCAAGAUCUGUAUCGCUUUCCUACGAAGCUCAGAAUACAUCAAGAAUCCAUACUUGAAGUCCGGUCUGGUAACAAUUCUGUUCCACGGAGUGUGGGGGAUUCCUGGUCGACCCAAGGGCGUGCUUGGCGACACGCUCUUCGCGCACGACUUCGCUAUGAAGCACCUGCUGCACGCGCUCAUGAAGUUCUACAUAGAAUGUGAGAGCACAGGAACCCAUACGCAAUUCUUCGACAAGUUUAACAUACGAUACGAAAUCUUCCAAGUCAUUAAGUGUAUUUGGCCGAACCCAAUCUACCGAGAGCAUCUUGCUACCGAGGCGCGUGUCAACCUGGACUUCUUCGUCCAAUUCGUCAACCUGCUUUUGAACGAUGUAACAUUCGUUCUAGAUGAGUCGUUUACCGCGUUCAAGGAGAUUCAUGAUCUUUCAAGAGAGCUGAAGAAUGCACCAGCAAGUAUGGAGCAGACUGCACGUCAAGAACAGGAAGAGAAGCUGGCGUCAGCUCAAGGGAAAGCUAAGAGCUACAUGCAACUCACCAAUGAGACCGUUGCCAUGUUGAAGUUGUUCACAGAGGCGCUUGCCGAUUCGUUCACCAAGAAGGAGGUCGUCGUGCGACUAGCGCAUAUGCUGGACUACAACUUGGAGGCGCUUGUGGGCCCCAAGAAGUCGCAACUCAAGGUCGAGAACCCUGAGGAGUAUGGCUGGAACCCCAGGAACAUGCUGGCUGAGGUCACCGACGUGUACCUCAAUCUAGAGAGCAAGCAGUCGUUCAUCGAUGCUGUGGCUACGGACGGACGCUCCUAUCGGGAGGAAUACAUGACCGAAGCUUACAAGAUCCUCCAGCGCUUCAAGCUGAAAUCGCCCGAGCAGAUGGAACAAUGGCAAUCCAUGUCAGACCGCAUCAAAGAAGCAAAGGCCCAAGCCGACAUGGUCGAAGCGGAUCUAGGAGAAAUCCCCGACCAAUACCUCGACCCCAUCCUCGCUUCCCUCAUGGAGGACCCCGUCACGCUCCCUGUCAGUAAACAAAUCGUCGAUCGUGGUACCAUCCAAGCACAUCUUCUAAGCGAUCCACAUGAUCCAUUCAACCGCACGCCACUCAAGAUCGAGGACGUCAUCCCCAACGACGAACUCCGAGAGGAGAUCCAGAACUGGAAGGCGAAUCUGCUCGCUCAGAAAAUGGCGGAGCGUAAUGCUGCUGCUGCGCCGGCUGGUGAUGCUAUGGACACCUCCUAG